UCGAAGAAGAACCAUGGACGUGAUACUGUCAAUGUUUGCGGUGCCGCUGUCAAUGUUUGCUUUACUAUGAUGUUUUUUUGUGGGUCUUAUAUGGUUUCUUGUGAAUUUUGUUGAAAUUGAAUGCAGUAAACAAACUUUACGAUGGCCAUGAUCACUACUCCUUCGGUGGAUCUCAGUUCUUAUCGUGACCAACAUUUCAAAGGUACUAGAGCUGAGCAAGACAAACUAUUGAGAGUUACUUCUACUUUGUAUGUAGGAAAUCUUUCUUUUUAUACAACUGAGGAACAAAUUUAUGAACUAUUCUCGAAAUGUGGGGAUAUAAGACGGAUAGUGAUGGGUUUGGAUAAGUACAAAAAAACUCCAUGUGGUUUUUGCUUUGUAGAGUAUUAUACUCGAAUUGAUGCAGAGAACUGCUUAAGGUAUAUUAAUGGCACCCGUCUGGACGAUAGAAUAGUACGAACUGACUGGGAUGCUGGUUUCAUAGAGGGACGACAAUAUGGUAGAGGAAAAACGGGUGGGCAGGUAAGAGAUGAAUAUAGGACAGACUUUGACUCUGGAAGAGGUGGUUAUGGCAAGAUUAUCCAGCAGAAGAUUGGGGGUAUUGAAACCCCUGCGUUUUUAAGAUAAUGAAGAUGUUUUUCAUAUUUUGUGUUUUUGAUAUUAUUUAAUGAAGCACUUGGGUUAUUGGAUUGUAGAUUCCUGUUAAUUGAAGGACAGUGUUUGAUGAUGAAUAAAUGAGAAAGUGAGAUAAA